AUGGACAAUACGGAGAAGCCUGUGUGGGAAGAUAAACAAAACAGAAGGCAAGGUAAAAGAAUAAAGAUGGAUAGCAGUGGGAUGAACAAGUGUCAAACGAAGAUGGUUGCUUUAUUGGCAAAGGAAACGAGGCUGGCAUCUAUCGGCGAAAAAUUGAGUGAGGGACGAGCAAAAAUAUUGAAGUUCUUGUUUGACACUCAGAUGUCGCAAGGGGAAGUACUGGUGUCAAUUAAGGGGCAGACAGCAAGUCGGGAUGCAAUGGGGUCCUUGCUUCCUCAAAAACCCAUGGCAUGUGAUAUAAUAAAUUGCUAUUGUGCGAUGAAAACAGCAAGGCAGCAAAGGCGUGCUGUAGAUCAGUCAAUGCGAUGGUGGUUCAUGCCAACUUGGUUUCAGCAAGAGAUUUUGGAGUUCAACAAAUCAGCAGACGAGCUGUACUGUACAUACCUACAGGAAUGUAAAGUAGGAGGUAAUAUAAAAAAGUGUGAGAAGAUAUUCGUGCAAAUAUGGCACGACGAGCAUUGGUAUAUGUGUGUGGUGGACAUGGGAAGCGAAGAAGUAUUAAUUUAUGAUUCAAUGAGAGAACACGAGCAAACGGAUAUGAAUAGGCGCAGCUCCGUGGAGACAGUGAUUGAAAGGUUGGAAACAGCGCUGACCUAUGGUUUGGAGGGGCAGUAUUCGUCAUGCCUUUGGCUGAACAAAAUAAAAGCUGCAGCCACAUGUCCACAGCAACGGAAUGCGUGGGAUUGUGGGUUAUUCAUGCUGAAGUACAUGGAUAUGUUAUCAAGUGGAAUUGGAAGCUGGAAAUAG